AUGCCAGGCGAAUCGAACCAAGUCUCGUCCUCGUCCUCGUCCUCGUCCACGUCGGCGUCCAAGCUGACGGGGCCCAUCGUACUGCCCUCGCACCAGCUCCCGGAGCGGUUCUACCUGGGUGGGCCGCGCAUCUCGUCGUUCCGCGGUGAAGCUUCCAAGAGCCAACGGGAGCCUGAAGACUGGGUCGCUUCAACGACAUGCUGUGCGGGUACCGACUCGCUCGGCCUCACGCGUCUUCCUACGACGGGCACGCUGCUGAUCGACGAGAUCCAAUACGAUCCCGUUGCGUGGCUCGGAUCGGCCCAUGUGGACAAGUACGGCAACGACACGAAGCUACUCAUCAAGCUGCUCGAUGCCGGUCAGCGACUACCCAUCCACGCUCACCCACAUGCCGACUGGGCGCGAGCCCACGUCAACCGCAACCACGGUAAAGCAGAAGCCUGGCAUAUCUUGACGCCUGGUCAAGUGUACCUGGGUUUGCGACAAGGUGUUUCGGCGCAAGACAUGUUGAAGAUGGUGGAUGCACAGGAGAUCGAGGUGAUGUUAGGGAUGAUGCAUUGUGUCCAAGUGGAGGCGGGCGAUACGGUCUAUGUGCCACCUGGCAUGCUUCACGCUAUCGGCCAAGGAAUCCUGCUGGUGGAAGUACAGGAACCCGAGGACCUUUCGAUCCUGCUCGAGUGGCGAGACUUCCAACUCGACGGCCGAAAGUACGGCCAUCUGGGACUAGGCUUCGAGAAAGCCAUCACCGCCGUCGACAUCGAUACGCUGACCGCCGACCAGCUUUCGACGCUCGUGACGCGUGCCAAGGGACGCACCGACAGCAAUCUGCUCGCUCCACAGGCUCUUGAGUACUUCCGCAUGGACCGAUUUCACCAAGAUGCCACGCUCGAUGCCAGCUUCCAAGUCGUCGUCGUCCUCAGCGGUAACGUUGAGGUGCAACCAGCAGCAGCAGCAGCAGCAGCAGCAGCAGCAGCAACAACAGAAGCAAGGUCAACAUCAACGCUCAAAGCUGGCAGCACCACCCUACUGCGACACGCUGACGGUGCGGUACAAUUCAAGGUGCAAGAUGGUGCUGCAUUUGUCGUCAUUCGUCCCCCUUUGUAG